UUGCAGAGCAUUCUUUAAAGUUUGUUUAAAUUUUAAAUUUGUCAAGUGAGUAUAAUUUUAACAAUUUUUGGAAAUUAAAAAGUCUUUUCGUGAGCUUUAUCUCUGAAUAACAUAUGAGGAGUCGGCCUGCAAAGUGACCUAACUGCAAAAAUUGAAUUUUUGAGGUAGCUUUUUGUUGCACCCUGUAGCGAACCCGUGUACAUAUUUUUCAGAAACGAAAAGGUGAUUAGGUGAGUGAAGGUUGACUCUUUCGAUUCCUGAAAACAGAUUUCGAAAAAAUGUUACUUCAAUUUCUUAGGACACGUUUUUCUCAUUUAUCUCGAAAUCAAUUUUUUUCCGUUAGGUCACUUUGCAGGCCGACUCCUCAUAUGUAUUUUUCAAGCCACAUAAUCUAAUAUCUACUAAAUACAUACACAAGAAUUUCAUCAAAUGAUUGGUUUCAAGUAGGUAGGUAUGUAAGUAUUACAAACAGGUAGGUACUUGCUUAGAUAGUGUGUUUCGUACCUACAUCGAAUGUUUUUUAUUUCUUAUCUGACACUUUCAAAAGAAAGAAAAAAAUCAUACGUCUGGAUAUGAAAAAAAAUCAAAUAUCUGUUUUUUAAUUAAUUGGUCUGGCCUCAGAUUAUCAAUGAAUGCCCAAUGUUAAAUUUUCUACGGCCCAUUAGGUUCAUUACGGAUUCACAUGAAGAUACGAUUGCUUAUUUUUGAUUGAUAGGUAGCCAUUUUUCAGCAAUAGUAUUCUAGCCCGAGUUAAUGUAAGUUAAUUUAUAUCGGCAAUUAUUACCCAUAAUCAACUAAGGUGACCUUUGUUUUAGAUAACCGUGAUUUAAUUUUUUAUUCUUGUUCAAUAAAUACUUACCGAAUAACCUACAUUUGAAAAUUUAGUACAUACAAUUUCCUAAACAUUGAAGAUCAUCAAGUGAAAAAUGUACAAAAGUUUGUGUGUUUUCUUACUUACGCUUGUCGCCGAAAUAAAUGGCGGUUUGUUUGAGUUACAAUAUGGAAUGAUCAAUGGAACUGUUGGAAAGUCGAAGAAUGGACGCCUGUAUCAGGAGUUUUACGCUAUACCGUAUGCAGAACCACCAAUUGGAGAGCUUCGAUUCAAGGCGCCAGUUGCUGUUAAGCCAUGGUCCGGUGUCAAGAAUGCAUCUUACCCUCCUCCAUUUUGUGUCCAACCUCUUCUUUCAAAUGAGACAACCAAAGUCAUCGGACAAGAAGACUGUCUUUAUUUGAAUGUUUUUGUGCCCAAUGAGUUAUUUAAUUCUACUGGUAAAGCGCCCGUGAUGGUUGCCAUUCAUGGCGGAGGAUACAGAUACGGAUAUGGAAUUGGUUACCAUCCCAGUUUUUUAAUGGACUCCGAUAUAAUUUUAGUAACGCUGAAUUUUCGAAUGGGAGCAUUAGGUUUCUUUGGUUUGAACAACGACCAAAUAAGUGGUAAUUUCGGUAUGAAAGAUCAGGUUCUAGCAUUGCAAUGGGUUAGAGAAAAUAUAGCAAAAUUUGGAGGUGAUCCUAAUAAAGUAACAUUGAUGGGGGAGAGUACAGGAGCAGCUUGUGUACAUUUACACAUGUUCUCUCCGCUUAGCAAAGGACUUUUUCACAGAGCUAUUAUGCAAAGUGGUACCGCAUUUUCAACUUGGUCGCAUUUCGCUACAGGAAAUGGUGAGUUGAUGUCUAGGGCUUUCUUGAUAAUCACCGGAUGCCAGCGUGAAAACGCGACGAAAAUUUUGAAAUGUUUGCAACGUUUACCGAUUGAAGAUUUCAUAUAUUUGGAAAAUAAAUUACAUAUUGCGUAUGACGAACCAAGAAUCUUAUUCAAGCCUAUGAUCGAGACAAAUGUCAAAGAUGGACCAUUUUUGACUAAGAGACCCUCCAAAAACUCGUAUCUAACCAACGUUCCGUGGAUCACAGGCAUAAAUUCGGGCGAAGGUGGCGUCAAAAUUAUAAAAUAUUUGAGACACAAUGACUCAUUGGCGAAGAUCGUGAACAAAGACAGAAACCGUUUCCUACCUCUGAUAAAUGAAUACGUAUACACAGCAGAUCCUGAAGAUAUGGAUAACAUAACGCAACAAGUCUCUGAUUUUUAUUUUGGAAAUGAAGACAUAGGAUCUGCUACAGCGACGAAGUUUGUCGAUAUGAUCACAGAUUCGACCUUCUUGUUUCCUGCAGUGAAAGCUGUGCAGUCUACUCGUGAUCGAAAGUACGUGUAUCUGUUUGAUCAUAAAAGAGCAGAUUCAUUACCACGCCUUGCUGGUUUGACCGUAGAUCUAGGUGUUAGUCAUUCCGACGAGCUAGGUUUACUGUUUGGUAGUGCAAGUUCUCUAGGCAACUGGACAGCUCAAGAUGUGAAAAUAUCAGAAGCAAUGUUGUCAUUUUGGAGUAAUUUCAUCAGCACUGGUGACCCCAACGGAGAUUCGAAAAUGAAGACAUGGAAACCAGUGGAGACUGAUGAUGUUGAAUAUUUACUUAUUGAUAGCGAAUCAAUAACCAUGGAAAAAAAUUUACUCAAAGAUAGAUUCGAUUUCUGGAAAAAUUUGCCAACGGGAUGGAAAUAUGACUAAGAUUUGAUUAGCUACACAUGAAACAAAUUACAUACCUACUUCCUAUACUUUACUUACCUACGUGCAUUUGCAUACAUAUUACUCGUGUUCCCAGAAUACUUAUUUAAAUAUUAUUUUGUGUGGAUUUUUUUUCUCAAUAUGAAUUUUCUA